UGUUGGCAUCUGGGGCUUUGAGACAGCGCCAUCACGUCCAGGGGCAGGGCUGUGCUCGCCCAUGUCUUACCCAGGCUCUGCAUGGCAUACCCCCUGAUCUCACCCGUCCCAGGUCAGCUGCCACUGCCACCCAUGGGGAACAGCCACUGCGUCCCUCAGGCCCCUAGGAGGCUCCGGGCCUCCUUUUCCAGAAAGCCCUCGCUGAAGGGAAAUAGAGAGGAUGGCGCACGGAAGCUGGCUGGCCUGUUUGGCACCGAGGCUGGUGCGGACGGGAACACCACUGCUGACAAGAUCUUCCACUACAUCCCAGGGACGAACAUCCCAGGCUUGCAGAGCCAGCAAGAAAUCCUGGAGCAGCCUUUCCUGAGUGUGUUCAAGGAGGGGCGGCGAAGGGCAGCAGUGAGGAGUCUGGGCAAGGUUGUGCACUACGCCAAGGUCCAGCUGCGUUUCCAGCACAGCCAGGAUGUCAGCGACUGCUACCUGGAGCUGUUCCCCUCCCACCUCUACUUCCAGGCCCAUGGUCCCGAAGGACUCACUUUCCAGGGGCUGUUACCACUGAUGGAGCUGAGUGUCUGCCCCCUCAAGGGGUCUAGAGAGCACGCCUUCCAGAUCACAGGCCCGCUGCCCGCCCCACUUCUCGUGCUCUGCCCCAGCCAGGCCGAACUGGACCACUGGCUCUACCACCUGGAGAAGCAGAUAGCUCUUGUGGGAGGGGUGCCUCGCUGCUCCCCAGAGCCCCUGCAGGGCCCCACUGAGGACGUGCUCCCCCGGACUCUGCAGCGCAGGCUAACCCGGCUGCGGACAGCAUCAGGGCGCCAGGUGAUGGGCAGUGCCAUCUGUGCCUCAAGGGUCAAACUGCAGCAUCUGCCCUUACAGGAGCAGUGGGACCGGCUUCUUGUCCUGUACCCAACUUCCCUGGCCAUCUUCUCCGAGGAAGCAGAUGGGCUUUGCUUUAAGGGGGAGCUCCCGCUCAGCGCCAUCCACAUCAACCUGGAAGAGAGGGAGAAGCAGAUCCGCUCUUUCCUGAUUGAAGGCCGUCUCAUCAACACCAUCCGUGUGGUGUGUGCCAGCUAUGAGGACUACAGCCACUGGCUGCUCUGCCUGCAGACAGUCUGCCACGGGGACAGGGCCUCCCCACCACCCGGCCCUGAGAGCCUCCCAGGGCUGCGGGCAUCCACACAGGUUGUGGUCAGUGGCCGAGGCUCACUCUCCUCUGAUGCACGGACCAGCUGGGACUCAGGGUGCCCGGCGCCCCCCUCCACUUGCACCACCCACUCCCUCCCUGAGUCCUCAGCAGCAUCCACUGCAGGCUGCCCGGCCCGGCCCCCAUCGGAGCAAGCCAACCCUGGCUGCACCAGCGUCGGUGGGCACAGGGCAAAGCUGAGACGGGGCGGCAGCAGCCGAUCACCCAGGAACAAGCCCCGGGCUGAGAAGCCUGGCCCAGCCGCCCUGCUACGCUUGGACCUGACCAAGUUGAGCCUGGACAGCGGCCCUGAGGCCCCAGACCAUUCUCUGGAGACACCCCACUCCCCGCUCUACGCUGACCCCUACACGCCACCUGCCACUUCCCACCGCAAGAUCACAGACGUCCAGAGCCUGGAUGAGUUCCUCAGCGUGAUGCAGAGCUCGCUUGGACCUGAGCCCUCCAGCCCGUUCUGCUCGGUCCCCGUGUCCAUGCCUGUCUCUGACUCCAGCUGUGGACUCUCCGGCCCCCACUUCCUCUCCGAGAAGGCAGCUCCGCGGGCCCGAGCUUCUCGGCACCAUCGUGCCUCCAGCAAGUGCUGGGGGCCCCGGCCCCCAGACUCCCCUCAGCGUGUCUCCCCUGAGAAAGAAGCUUCGCCUGACCCCUCACCACCUCCUCCAGAUGGCGGCCCCCCCAGGGGCUACAGCAGUGUCCAGGAUGAAGCUCUGUCACCCUCCCAGCGGCAGGGGCCUCGAGGAGCACCAGAGCCUGAACGGGGGCUCAUCCAGUGGAUCUGAUGGCCCCCAGCAGCUGCUUCUGGGGACCACCUGCCUGCAUUGACCCUGGAGGAGGGGCCGCAAUAGGACCUGGGACUUGUCUGUGGGGCCACAGGCAGUGUCGAGUCUGGGUCUGACCCCAGCAGGUGGAGGGAGCCUCAAGAACCCUGAGUUACCCUGGGCUCUGGACACCUUGGCCGAGGUGACUGGACACCCAGAGGGGCCACACCUCAGCCUGCCUCUCAGGGAAGGAAUGAGGGAGGGGACGUGGGGCAGCAGCUUCACCUGGAAGAAGAAGGAUGGCACAAGCAUAAAGGUUGGAGGGCUGAGAAAGUCAGGUUAGCGAGGG